UUCUCUGUAUAUCGAUAGCAGGCAAAUACAAGUUUUUUUUUUCUCUGCUGGCUUGUGAAAAAUUUUCUGUGUGUACCCAGCGACGCAAUUAAUACAUAAGUGCGCCACAGAUAAAUAGGAAUAGACGAGAGUAAAUUCUAGUAGCCGCUACAAAAUAUACAAUAAGAGGAACAACAAAUAAAGAAAACCAUGCCACGAUAUCGCGAAUGGGACUUGGCCUGCAAAGUUUACGUGGGCAAUUUGGGCUCAUCGGCCUCCAAAUAUGAGAUUGAGAACGCCUUCAGUAAAUACGGCCCGCUGCGCAACGUAUGGGUUGCUCGCAAUCCGCCAGGCUUUGCCUUUGUCGAGUUCGAGGAUCGACGCGAUGCCGAAGACGCAACUCGCGGCCUUGACGGAACUCGCUGCUGUGGCACACGCAUCCGCGUCGAAAUGUCCUCCGGCCGUUCACGCGAAGGUCGCGGAGGUGGCGGCGGCGGCGGUGGCGGAGGAGGUGGCGGCGGCGGUGGCGGACGUCGUGGAGGUCGCAGCGGCAGUGGUGGCGGCGGCGGUGCAGCCGCUCGGGCAGGCGACGCUGGCGGACGCUAUAGGAUAAAGUCUACUUCUACUACAAGCACAACAAGAACAACAACAACAACAACAGCUACUACUACUACUAGAACUUCUACUACUCCUCCUCUUCCUUCAACAAGUACAACAACUACUACAACAACAACAACAAGAACAACUUCACGUCUCAUAACUACUACAACAACAACAACAGCUCCUGCUCCUCCUAUUACACACAUUUCACCACCACCACCAACAACAACAACAAGAACAACAACACCACCAAAACCACCACCAACAACAACAACAACAACUAUAACAACACAACCAACAACAAAAUUCUGCGGCUUUCUGAUAAAUGCCAAUUUCAACAAAUACGAUAUAUUCCGCUGACUGCAAUAUAAUAACCACAGCAACCAACCAACCAACAAGAACAACCACAGCAUUUAUGCUACUCCUCUCAAGCUCUUCACCAGCAUCUAUAUAUAAAUCUAUUAUAUAUGCCAAUGUUUAACAGCAGAGGGCAGUGUCCAGGUCAUCCAAUUGCAGCAAGCAGCAUCCUCAACAAGCAACAUCACACUCAACACAACACACAAUCAACACAACACACAAUCAACACACUCACUUGUUUCACUUAACACAUCUACUAUCUCUUUCUAUAUCAUAUUAACUCUCACACAAAUUCACAAUUGACAUGAUCAACCGAAGCGCAAGCGAGUGAGCAGCAGUCAGUCAGUCAGUCAAUCAAUCAAUCAACUGCCAGCCAUCGUCGCAUCUUUUCACCAACAGCAACAACAACAAUCUUCAUACUUCAUCAUAUGCUUCUACAACAACAACCAUUCGCUCACACAUAUUAACAAACUACAACAAGAACAACAACAACACUAUCAACACUAAACAGCAAGAACAACAACAACAACCAGAACCAACAACAACAACAACAAUAAGCAAGCAAGCAAGUGCAACAACUGACCCAGCAAAAGCAAUGCAAGCAAAGCAAUCAAAAAUCUAACUCCAAUUUACACCACCAACCAAGCAACCAGUCAAUCAACCAACCAACCAACCAAUCAGCCAAUCAAUCAAUCAAUCAGCCAAUCAAUCAACCAAUCAACGCUUCCAACAGCCUACUACUACUAUGUACAACAACAACAACAACUACCUACUACUACUACUAUGUACAACUGCUACUACUUCUACAACUGUAGACAAGAAAACAACUGUAAAAAUGACAACUUUGCAGUGUCUUCAGACUUCAGUCUCCAGACGCCUCUCAGCGUGCGCCCGGGUUGCUGCCUUUCUCUCUCUCUCUUUCUCUCUCUCUCUCUCUCUCCACAGCUCAACUGCUUCUUUCAUCCCCAACUACUAUAUACAUAUAUAUAUCGGUAUAUAGAUAUAUAUAUGUGUGUUUAUCUGUAUAUAAACAUCAUCUUCUCAUCUUCAAGCAGCCUCUACAACCAACCAACCACCAACAACAACAACUACUACUACAACUACAACUUCAAGAACAACAACAACAACAACUACUACAGCUACUACAUGCAUCAACAAUGCAACAAACAACCCGAAAAAAAGAAAAGCAAACAAGUUCAGCUUUAUGAGGUUUUCUUUGUUUCUUUUUAUUUUAACUUUUGUUGUUGCUCUUUGCUCCUAGAUAUAUCACCUCAGUCUUGCACCAACAACAACAACAACUACAACCACACAACCACAACUACAACUACUACCACCUCUCUUCCCCUCCGGGUGUGGCUUUUUGCCCCAAAUAACAAUUAAUGACCAGCUUGAUCAGCAUCAAUCGAUAAAAACAACUUCAUCAAAACCAAAUUUGAAGCUUCAAUUAAAUUUAGCUGAGCCAGCGCUUCAUUCUCCACAAUAUUCAACUAGUGCUUCAACUACUACUACUACUACUUCUUCACUCCUGCUACUGCAACUGCAACUGCAACUUCAAUGCGAACUGUACAACAACAACAACCACCACCACCAAUAUCACCAACCACCACCAACAACAACAACAACCACCUUCGAAUUUUUCACGUAAAGCAACUGCAAGAAGCGUAUGUAAAAUUGCCAACAAAAUCCAAAAGGAAAAUCAUUUGUAUAAUUUUUUUUUGUGAGUUAAUUAUUGUUACUUUUGCUUUUGUUAGUUCGUUUUGUACAUUGUUGUUGUUCUCCUCUACACACACACACAUGCUAAUUGUCUGCUCUUGUACCACAACGACAAAAACCACCACAAAAAAAGAAAAGAAAAGAAAAAAACGACGGCGUCAACAAAGAGCGCAACAUCAAAUUCAACAUCGACAACCUGGUGGAGAUUUUGCAUCCUCAUUCAGCAUUCAGCUCGUUCUUCUUCUUCAGCUCUCCUUCAGCUCUCAACUUCUCUACAACUCUGCUACUGCGUGCCCCUCUUCUGCAGCUUCAACAGCUACAAUUCUUCACCUGCGCCUGUGUGUGUGUGUGUGUGGUUGGCUUACUGGCAUCAAAAAAAAAAAAAUCAA